UCAAUCGAAAGGUUCUAAAGUUGUGUUUACACUUCGUAUAAUGGCUUGGGUUUUAACUCUGGGCCUCGUUUUGGCUUUGUUAUUCGCUCUGUCUCAAAGCCAGACCACUGUGUCGGUGAAUACGAAGAAAGGAACUAUCAAUGGACUUCGCUAUUCUGCCAAGUCCGAAACUGGAGCUUCUUAUGAUGCCUUUCUCGGCAUACCUUACGGACAGAUUCCGGCCAGAUUCCAGGUUGCUAUUCCCAUGAAGGCCUGGAGCACAGCCAAAGACACCAAGAGAGAUGGACCAGCUUGUCCUCAGCCCGACAUGGCGUACAGCGAGGAUUGCCUCUACAUGAAUGUUUUUACUCCAGUAGGUUCAUCCUCUACCGCUGCUAAACUCCCCGUUAUGGCUUUUAUCCAUGGUAGUGGCUACACGGUGUCCUCUAGUGCUUCACGGCUCUACGGUCCGGACUUCCUGGUUAGUAAACAAGUGAUCCUGGUCACCUUCAACUACAGGCUGGGAGCUGCAGGUUUUCUUACCCUAGGAUCCAAAGUGGCUCCUGGUAACUUAGGACUGACAGACACUCUCCUGGCUCUGCAGUGGAUACAAGAAGAGAUUACGGUCUUUGGAGGCGAUCCUGAUAAAGUCACUCUGUUCGGGGAGAGUGCUGGAGGCGCAGCGGUCAUCUCUCACUAUCUCUCUCCUCAGUCUACAGGGCUCUUCACAAAAGCAAUCGCACAGAGUGGUUCAGCGCUGGCAGACUGGGCAGUCCUUCCCUUGGCUGAGGGAGUGCGCAGGUCUAAAAUACUCGCUCAGAGGGUAGGGUGUAACCCUAACGACAUCGACACUAUCCUCUUGUCCUGUUUACAGAAGACUAAUAUCAAAGAUAUUGUCAGCAACCAAUUCAUUUCUCUUCCUUUUGAGGACGUUAUUUCUGGUACUAUUGGGAUUCGGUUUGUUCCAGUCUUGGACACAUAUUUGACGGCAGAUAUACCCUUCUUCAACGAUACAUUGAGCAACUUGAUGGAGGAGGCUAUGGCCAGAGGGAAGCCCUUGAUGAAUGGUUUCAAUACUCACGACGGCGUAGUGAAGUGGAGACUCGAUGAAUCCUGGAAGGAAGUGGAAAAUAAUCUGGCCCAAUUUAUCCCUAGAAGCAAAAGGUCCAGCAUUUCGUAUAACACAAUGGCUCGACUUCAGCAGGACAUUCAGAAGAGAUACUUCCUCGAAGAAUUUGAUCAGGAUAAAGUCCUUGACAUACUAAACUUAUAUACGGACACAAUGUUCUCUUAUCCUGCGGCGAAGGUGAGUAACUACUUCGCCAACUUGACUUACGGAUACAUAUUCAAUUUCUAUGGAUCAUGGGCUCCAGCCUCCUAUGCUUCCUUUCCUUACACUAUGAUGAAGACUGUAAACCACUGGGCGGAGAUUCCUUACAUCUUCUACACGACUGGUCUCAGCCGGCCUCUGGACUCCUGCUCACUCAACACAGAUAACAUUGCGGUACAUACCCGACUGGUCAACUGGUGGACAACGUUCGCCAAGACCGGGGCCCCAGUUGCGGACGCUUCCUGGAAGAAAGUCGCUGACGGCGGUUACUUAGUCAUCGACUCCUCCACUUCCUCUAUGAAUGUUUCCGAAUUCGACAGGAAAUACUACGACUUCUGGGCAACCGUAGAGAGAAACAGUGGUUUCUAUUUUGUUGCCAAUAGAAUGAGUUGUCUUCUCUGCAUUUUUAUUGUUAUUUUGUUUUAACCGGUUUGAUAGUUUUCUGUUUUGUACUCGUUACGUAUUUUAUUGUCUUCCAAAUGAAUAAGCAUUGUUAUUACAUUACCUUUUAAU